UUGGUUUAGCACCGAACAACUCAAAAAGGGUCCUUGGCCGCAGAUUCUUUGCUUUGGAAAAUGUUACGUUGGAGAAGUCCGACUUUACUUCAUUCAUUUCUAUUCUUAAGUGCCAUGACAACAUGCGAAGGUGCAUAUGCCAAAUAUGCCCAAAAGCUUCUGACGGACCUAAUGACCAACUACACAAGUGCGCUGAGGCCUGUGGAGGACACAAAUAACAUCCUGAAUGUGACUCUGCAGGUUACACUCUCACAAAUCAUCGACAUGGAUGAGAGGAAUCAAAUUUUGACUGCUUAUUUGUGGAUAAGGCAAGUCUGGUUUGAUGCGCACCUCAGAUGGAAUAAAGAUGAGUACGAUGGACUCGACACCAUCCGUAUUCCUGGUAGUUAUGUAUGGAGACCUGAUAUAGUUCUGUAUAACAGCGCAGACAACCAUUUUACCGGCCCGAUGGAUACCAACGUGGUGAUCCGGCACGACGGCCAGAUGAUGUGGGAUUCCCCUGCUAUCACAAAGAGCUCAUGCAAAGUGGACGUGUCCUUUUUCCCCUUCGAUGGGCAACAGUGCAGGUUCACUUACGGCUCCUGGACCUACAAUGGAAACCAGCUGGACAUCCUGAACGCCAUGGAGAGCGCCGACCUGGCUGACCUGGUGGAAAACGUGGAGUGGGAAGUUCUCGGCAUGCCGGCAAAGAAGAAUAUUGUUCAGUAUGGAUGCUGUGCAGACCCAUACCCAGACGUGACCUACACGCUGAAGCUGAAGAGAAGAGCUUCCUUUUAUGUUUUCAACCUCCUCAUACCGUGUGUGAUGAUCUCUUUUCUGGCUCCGCUGGGUUUCUACCUGCCUGCUGAUUCUGGGGAAAAGGUUUCUUUGGGUGUCACUGUGCUGCUGGCACUCACCGUCUUCCAGCUGCUGGUUGCAGAAAUUAUGCCACCUUCUGAGAACGUGCCACUAAUUGGAAAAUAUUACAUUGCAACGAUGACAAUGAUCACAGCCUCCACUGCCCUGACCAUCUUUAUCAUGAACAUUCAUCACUGCGGCCCAGACGCCAAGCCCGUUCCCAAGUGGGCUAAGAGAGUCAUUCUGCAGUACAUGGCCAGGAUGUGUUUUGUCUAUGAAGUUGGGGAGAACUGCAUGUCUGCAGAGUCAGAGAGACAGGAACCUGCACUUGUAAGCAACACCAGCUGCACCAUGAACGGACUGGUGUGUCCAGGAAGAGAGGACGACUGCAUCAUCAAAAGUGGUCAGGAAUUGGCUGGAUCCGUCACCACAGAGGAGAGAGAAGAAAUGGAUCAAAUCCUAAGUCCAUUAGGAUCAAUAAGGAGGAAUCCAACAAACCAUAACAGCACUUGGAGGAAUGGCAUCUUCUUGGACUGUGGGGAGUCAGGGGAUCCGGUGAGAUGCAGGAAGGGAGGCGUGAGUGAUGUAGAGAGAAAAGAUGACAGGAUUUCCUGUAACACUCAUCCUAACGAUGGGCCACUGCUACAUAACAUUCAAUACAUCGCCAACUGUUACAGAGAUCAGAGGGCCACACAGAAACGGACUGGGGAGUGGAAGAAAGUAGCCAAAGUUCUAGAUCGCUUUUUCAUGUGGAUGUUUUUUAUAAUGGUGUUUUUCAUGAGCCUCCUUAUCAUGGGCAAAGCUGUUUAAUCAGCACUGCUUUUAUUUGAUUGUUAAAACUGCUUUAAAGUCUCGAUUCCAAAUGAUAAAAUGAGAUCUUUAAGAAAGAUGUGACACAUAUUUUUAUUCGCAGACAAUAAAUGGCAAAUUUUGUUAGCAAAUCAAGAACAAAUGUAUACUAUAUUUGUUUUUACCUCGGGUAAAUUUUCUUCUUGUUCUUAAGUAAUAGAAUACCGAGCUCUUUUUGUAAAUUAGAGAGAGAAAUUUUUGUAUGUAACAUAAGAAAGUGGUGUCUGACAUUAUGGCAGUACCUUGAAAAGGUAUUCAUUAACCUAACAUUUUUAGAGUUUUUUGUCAUAUACAACUGUCAUGUUUGACGUUUAGAAGAGACUAAAAUGCAGCAGGACGGAGGCAGAUGGAGAAUGAAGAUGAAUUUAAUUAUGAACAGAAAAACUUACAUUACAUGACGCCUCUGUCACAGAGGCAUCAGAGUGACAGGAGCAGAAAGUGUCAAUAUAACGGAAAUUUAAAUGAAGAACAAAGAAAACCGAUGAGCUUAUAUACAUUGGUAGAAAUGACAAAACAAUGAGACCUAAUUAGAGGCAAACCAAGCUGAGAGAAAGAGUAGACAGAGGUGAACCAGGUGAUAGAUAUGAGAUACACAAUUCAAACACACCUGAAUAAUCGUUAUCAGGCCUCUGCAGAGCUGAACGGAAUACGGAUGAGUAAAUUAAGCUAUUCAAUUCAGGUGUGUCAGAGUAGAGAUGCAUCUAAAAGUUGGUUGCAGGAUUAGAGGAUUGUAUUGCAUGGUUUUUUUUGUCACUGUCCCAAUGUAUGAAUACAAGGUUCAUUGAUGGACAUUAAUGGAUAAAAAUGAUUCAUGGAAAUUGACAUCAGCACCAUGUUUAACCCUGUUUUUUUAAAUACCCAUAAGAGGUUACAGUCAUGGGAUAGGCAAUGUACAAUUUCCAUGUUAGUUCUAAGUUUUUGAACAAUUUGAGUUUCUAUACAUACCAUUUUGCCCAUGCCAUGUUUAGUACAUCUGAUAUUUACUGACAUUUUUAGUCAAAGCUCAAAGAACAUAAUGAUUUAUUAAGUCUAGCAUUGUUUUUUAUAAUAUUUAAUAAUAGCCAAAAAGUAACUAAAAAUGGUUUAAAUAAAAGUCAUUAGUGACUUUGCAUCUGGUUAAAAUAAUAUUGUGAAUGAAUAACAACAAUAAGGGAGAUUAUGUUAUAGUUUAAAAGAAAAAUUUUUGCAUCUUCUGUACGUGGCUUGAAAAAAAAAAAGUAAGCAUACUGCGGUGAUAAUAAAUAAAAGAACAUGCACAAUACAUCUAAAAACUAUCUGCUGAUUUCAGAUGUAAAAGCAGAAGGCAUAAGCAAUUGGCAAUGUGUCAGAAAUGAUUUAUUAAGCUGUUGCUAUUGUUGCAGAAAACUCAAAUUUAACUGACAACUCACUCAAAUUUAUCAGAAUGUUCCCGCAGUUUGAGAAAAGGAGAGUUUCUCACUGUUCCUCAUACAUUUUAGCUAGAAAUGGAGUUCAUCUUUUAACACAGUUCAUUUUUAGAGGUCAUUAAGUCAUUUA